CGGCCGCGGGCGGCCAUGAGCUGGGAGCAGCGGCGCGGCUGGGCCCGGGGAGGCGAUGGCGGCCCCGCCGCCUCCUCCUCCUCCUCCGGCUCGGCCGGCGGGCACGGGGGGCGGGGCGGCGGCGGAGGCGGCCGGGGGCGGCACCCCAGCCACCUGAAGGGCCGCGAGAUCGGGCUGUGGUACGCGCGGAAGCAGGGCCAGAGGAGCAAGGAGACGGACCGGCAGCAGCGGGCCGUGGUGCGGAUGGACGAGCGCCGCGAGGAGCAGAUCGCGCAGCUGCUGACGGCCGUGCAGAGCAGGAGCGACAAGGAGCCCGAUGCCAUGUCCUGGUGGUCCGGGGAUGAGGACGGAAAUACUCCAGAACAGCCCGUGAAAGUGAAACCAGAUGCUGAAAAAGCUCCUAGCAGACAGAGACCAGUCUUGGAAAAAACAUUCCUUGAUCGGGAUGUGGAAUAUCUAUUUGAAAAAAAUCAGCGAGAUACGGAUUUAGAUGAGCAACUCAUAGAAGAUUUAAGAAAGAAGAAAUCUGAUCCUAGAUAUAUUGAAAUGCAGAGAUUCCGAGAGAAACUCCCUUCGUAUGGGAUGAGACAGGAACUUGUAAACCUUAUAAACAAUAAUCGAGUAACUGUGAUAAGUGGCGAAACCGGCUGUGGAAAGACCACACAAGUCACGCAGUUCAUCUUGGAUGACUACAUAGAGCGAGGGAAAGGGUCUACCUGCAGGAUUGUUUGUACUCAGCCCAGGAGGAUCAGUGCUAUCUCAGUGGCUGAGAGAGUUGCUGCUGAAAGGGCAGAAGCGUGUGGUAAUGGCAAGAGUACAGGAUACCAGAUUCGUCUUCAGAGUCGAUUACCAAGGAAACAAGGUUCAAUUUUAUACUGUACCACAGGAAUUGUCCUACAGUGGCUCCAGUCAGAUAAGCAUUUGUCCAGUAUUAGUCACGUAGUCCUUGAUGAAAUUCAUGAAAGAAAUCUUCAAUCAGAUGUUUUAAUGAGCAUUAUUAAAGAUCUUUUGAAUGUUCGUUUGGAUCUGAAAGUAAUACUAAUGAGUGCUACUUUAAACGCAGAGAAGUUUUCGGAAUACUUCGAUAAUUGUCCAAUGGUUCACAUACCCGGGUUCACUUUCCCAGUGGUGGAGUAUCUUCUUGAAGAUGUAAUUGAGAAGUUGAGGUAUAUGCCAGAAAACACAGACCGUCGGCCACGGUGGAAGAAAGGCUUCAUGCAAGGGCAUAUAAGCAGACCAGAAAAAGAAGAAAAAGAGGAAAUCUACAGGGAACGAUGGCCAGAAUACUUAAGGCAGCUGCGGGGCAGGUAUUCAGCAAGUACUAUAGAUGCCUUGGAAAUGAUGGACGAUGACAAGGUUGAUCUUGACCUUAUAGCAGCACUUAUCAGACACAUUGUUUUGGAAGAAGAGGAUGGUGCAAUUCUAGUGUUUCUUCCAGGAUGGGACAACAUUAGCACUUUGCAUGAUCUAUUGAUGUCACAAGUCAUGUUUAAGUCAGAUAGGUUUAUUAUCAUACCUUUACAUUCAUUGAUGCCUACUGUUAACCAGACUCAGGUGUUUAAGAAGACCCCGCCAGGAGUAAGGAAAAUCGUGAUUGCUACCAACAUUGCAGAGACUAGCAUUACAAUAGAUGAUGUGGUGUUCGUUAUAGAUGGUGGAAAGAUAAAGGAAACUCACUUUGAUACCCAGAACAACAUUAGCACAAUGGCAGCUGAGUGGGUUAGUAAAGCUAAUGCCAAGCAAAGGAAAGGUCGAGCAGGAAGAGUUCAGCCAGGUCACUGUUACCAUCUGUACAAUGGGCUCCGUGCUAGCCUUCUAGAUGAUUACCAGCUACCUGAGAUCUUGAGGACACCCUUGGAAGAACUUUGCUUGCAAAUCAAGAUUCUAAAGCUUGGAGGAAUUGCUUAUUUUCUGAGCAAACUAAUGGAUCCGCCAUCUCGUGAUGCUGUAAUGUUGGCUAUAAAUCAUCUGAUGGAGCUGAAUGCUUUGGACAGACAAGAGGAACUGACUCCACUAGGUGUACAUUUAGCACGAUUACCAGUUGAACCGCAUAUUGGAAAAAUGAUUCUCUUUGGAGCUUUAUUCUGUUGCUUGGAUCCAGUCCUUACGAUUGCAGCAAGCCUCAGCUUCAAAGACCCUUUCGUCAUUCCUUUGGGCAAAGAGAAAGUAGCAGAUGCCAGAAGAAAGGAACUGUCAAAGAAUACAAAAAGUGAUCAUCUGACAGUGGUGAAUGCUUUCACGGGCUGGGAAGAGACUCGGCGCCGUGGAUUCAGAACUGAGAAAGACUAUUGCUGGGAAUAUUUCCUGUCUUCAAAUACGCUCCAGAUGCUGCAUAACAUGAAAGGACAAUUUGCUGAGCAUCUCCUUGCAGCUGGAUUUGUGAAUAGCAGAGACCCCAAGGAUCCCAAAUCUAAUACCAACUCAGAUAAUGAGAAGUUGCUCAAAGCAGUCAUCUGUGCUGGUUUAUAUCCAAAAGUUGCAAAGAUUCGGCCAAGCUUUAGCAAAAAGAGAAAAAUGGUGAAAGUUUGCACCAAGACAGAUGGAACAGUUAAUAUACAUCCUAAAUCUGUUAAUGUGGAAGAGACGGAGUUCCAUUAUAACUGGCUUGUGUACCAUUUGAAGAUGAGAACUAGCAGUAUUUACUUAUAUGAUUGUACAGAAGUCUCUCCGUACUGCCUCUUGUUCUUUGGAGGAGAUAUAUCCAUUCAGAAGGAUAAAGAUCAGGAUACCAUUGCUGUGGACGAAUGGAUUGUUUUCCAGUCUCCUGCCAGAAUAGCGCAGUUAGUUAAGAAUUUAAGACAAGAGCUCGAUGAUCUUCUACAGGAAAAAAUAGAAAACCCACACCCUGUGGACUGGAAUGAUACUAAAUCCAGGGAUACAGCAGUAUUGACCGCUAUUAUAGACUUAAUCACAACACAGGAGAAUGAAAGUGCCAGAAACUAUGCUCCACGGUUCCAGAACGAGCGCUAUAGUUGACACACUUCUAUCUGUGUUGAUAAAGCUGACAUAUUCACUUAUUUUGGUUCGUUGUUUUUUUUUUAUAGCAUUUAUUUAGCCAGAGGGAAAAAUUCUUAGGGCAAGCAGCUAAUUCCCUCGUACUGAAGAGCAGUUACUUCAAAAUAGUUGGUAAUAUCUGUAUAUGCAUGGUAUUCUGUGUUCACAGUAGCUUUUUAAAUAAGAAAAAAAUGCAAUGUUAGCAAUGUUAAUUGGUGUAUGUAUUGUCCUUCCUCCAAGUCCUCUAAAACUCUAGCUUUUUUUUUUUUAAAUAUUUGUUACCAGAUUUGGGGGGGUGGGGAAGGGAAAGAAGCUAAAGUACUGCUUAGUUGUGCUUAAACUGUUCUUCUUGCUAUUGGUAAAAACAUCUCAAGAUUUUUUUUUCUUGGGGGUGGGAAGUAAUUACUGUGGUGUUGCAGCAGUUUUCUCACCAACAUUUCCACAGCAGGUAAUGAUAGCUUAAUUAAGCUAACUUGAAAACAUGUGUUGUUGACUUUGUGCUGUGGGAGGAAAGGCUUCAGAAACACUCUCACCUUUUUCCAUUCAUCCCGUUCAGUUAAUCUUUCUUUGCUUUCUGUACCCAUCCAUCAUCGGUACUGGUGGAAAAAUUUAGACUAGAGGAGCUUUGUGGUUAUAAAAACUGAUGGUGGAAUAAACUUUGAGUUCAUUGUAUUCCAAUUUUUUAAGCAAUCCAUGUAUAGUGUUACAUUAAAAUACUUUUCUUUAAAGUGUUAUUUCAUCUGCUCUUAGUUCUUAAUGUUCUGGCUGUCAUUCUGUUUUGAAUGCUUCCAAAUAUCUAGGAACAUCUGAUUAAUUAUGCUUAUUUUAGGAUUUCAAGUGGGGUGAUUUGAGAAAACUAUUCUGGUCAGAUCUGUGGAAGUGUGCCAGACCUGCUGUUCCCUUUAACCCCUGGGGCUGGGGGAGACAGAUUUAGCUGAACCUGAUGGGUGGGCAGUAAACUAGGGCCUGAAUAGUGCCAGCAGUUUAGGUGGCAGCCUCCUGUUACCUUCUGUUUGCUCUGCAGCCAUAGCUACAUUAUUUCCAGGUUUAUCCUUGAGGAAUAAAGCCGUUGCACCAUGGGUUGGUGUGGUCAGAUCCGUACUUACACAGUAUCAUGAAUAAUGUGUAAAUAAUGAUAUGAGUUAUACUUUCCAGCUCAACCUAAAGCUUGUAGCUUGAGCAGCCGGCAUUGAGCAGGAGGGAAGGGCCUGGGGGCUGCUCGGUGGCAGCUGUGUCCUGCUGCAGCCCCGUGCCUUCCCCCAGCACCCUCGUGCCCUUACCCUGCGGGUUCUUGAGGGAUCCUGGGCCUGUGCUUGGUCCCUGCUCCAACCUCCUGUGUACAGGUAUGUCUGAGAAAUGAAGGAGGACACAAUAGUGCUGCUUACCUUUACAAAACAG